AUGGUUUUGUGGGCUCACAGUUUCUCUAACACUGCAACUGUAAAAUUGUCUCCAUCAACAAGAAUUGCAGAAAAAAUGGAGAAUAGGGUAACCAGUCCGUCUAUUUUUCAGUUGGAGACAAUGGAAUUGAAGAGAAUGAUGAAGGAAUCAGGAGGCGGGAUUACAGAGGAAUCACCAAUUUCAAACCCUAAAAAUUCCAGCGUUGUCGUUGCCAUGCCUCCUCCAAAAACUGUCCGAAAGAAAAAUAAAGCUUAUCUGCAAAGAGGACAAUGGCUUCGCGCAGCUGUUCUGGGAGUGAACGAGGGAGUUGUGAGCAUAGCGUGGUUGGUGAUUGGGACGGGCGCAGGAAAAUCGGGUGCAAAAUCUAUGUUGGAGGCGGGGCUGGCGGCUGUGGCGGCGGAGGCAUGUAGCAUGGCCAUUGGCGAAUUCAUUUCAGUGAAAAUACAGCACGAUGUGGAACUAGCAAACUUUCAGAGAGAGAACAAGUCCCUCAAGGGUUUCGAACACGCCACAUUUAUAAUUAGCCUUCCCGAUGCUAUUGAGGCAGCCUGCGCAUCGGCUCUUGCUUUUUCUGUGGGUGCGCUUUUCCCCUUAAUCUCUGCGGUUUUUACCACUCACUAUAUAACUCGAGUUGGGUUGCUUGCCGGGGUUUCCAGCUUGGUUCUCAUCUUGAUUGGCGCCAUUGGAGCUUACUUUGCUUGCUCUUCUAUUGUGAAAGGGAGUUUAAGAGUGCUGUUGGGUGGAUGGAUUGCAUGCGUAAUAAGCUUUGGGUUGCGCAGGCUCUUUAACAUUAGUGAGCAACAGUAUGAAGUAUGA